AUGGAAAAUUUGGGUUUUGAGGCAGUGAAUACAAUUUGGUGGAUAAUCGUUGUCGGAAUCGUCGCCGUAGGAUAUCAAGUUUACGGUGUAGCGGUGGCGGCACAAUGGAGGAUGCGGAGAAGUCUAAAGAAUCAAGGCGUGAAAGGUCCUCCACCGUCGUUAUUUAACGGCAAUGUGUCGGAGAUGCAAAGGAUUCAGUCAGAGGCUAAACAAUAUUCCGGCGAUUACAUCAUUUCACAUGACUAUUCUUCUUCUCUCUUURCCUAUUUCGAGCAUUGGCGAAAACAAUACGGGAGGGUUUACACAUACUCGACGGGGUUGAAGCAGCACCUUUACAUAAACCACCCGGAAAUGGUGAAGGAGCUUAGCCAAACUAACACACUUGACCUUGGCAGAAUCACGCACGUCACUAAACGCCUUAAGCCCAUUCUUGGCGAUGGCAUCAUCACAUCUAAUGGGCCUCAUUGGGCCCAUCAACGUCGUAUCAUCGCUCACGAGUUUACCCACGACAAAAUCAAGGGAAUGGUUGGUCUAAUGGUGGAAUCUACAAUGCCAAUGUUAAGCAAAUGGGAAGAGAUGGUGAAAAGAGGAGGAGAAAUGGGUUGUGACAUAAGAGUAGACGAAGAUCUUAAGGAUGUUUCGGCUGACGUCAUCGCUAGGGCUUGCUUUGGGAGCUCUUUUUCCAAAGGCAAAGCGAUAUUCUCUAUGAUUAGGGAUCUUACAAUCGCCAUCACUCAACGCAGUGUCCUCUUCAGAUUCAAUGGCUUCACUGAUAUGGUGUUCGGGAGUAAGAAGCGUGGUGAUGUGAAUAUUGAUGAGCUUGAGAUGCAUUUGGAAUCUUCGAUAUGGGAAACGGUGAAGGAGAGGGAAAAGGAAUGUGUGGAAGAUCACAAGAAGGAUCUAAUGCAGUUGAUACUCGACGGAGCGAUGCGUAGCUGCGAUGGUAACUUGUGGGACAAGUCAGCCUAUAGACGCUUUGUGGUGGAUAAUUGCAAGAGCAUCUAUUUUGCAGGCCAUGACUCAACCGCAGUCACAGUGUCUUGGUGCCUUAUGCUCCUUGCUCUCAAUCCCAUUUGGCAGAUUCGAAUACGGGACGAAAUCUUGAGUUCUUGCAAAGAUGGCAUCCCCGAUGCAGAAUCCAUUCCUAACCUCAAAACGGUGACAAUGGUAAUCCAAGAAACAAUGAGACUAUACUCACCAGCACCAAGUGUAGGAAGAGAAGCAUCCACAGAUAUAAGACUAGGGAGCCUCGUGGUGCCAAAAGGAGUGUGCAUUUGGACCAUCAUUCCUACCUUACACCGAGACCCCGAGGUUUGGGGACCAGACGCAAACGAGUUCAAGCCAGAGAGGUUCAGUGAGGGAAUCUCUAAAGCUUGCAAGUACCCUCAGUCAUACAUCCCAUUUGGACUCGGACCAAGAAUAUGUUUGGGCAAAAACUUUGGUAUGAUGGAAAUCAAAGUGCUUCUUUCACUUAUUGUGUCAAGAUUUAGUUUUACUCUGUCUCCUACAUAUCAACACUCUCCAACCCAUAAAUUGCUUGUGGAGCCUCAACAUGGUGUUGUCAUUAGGGUUGUUCGACAGUGA